AUGGAACGGUUUAAGAAACGUAUUUCAGGGGUUGCAGCGUCUGAGAACAAAGUCGAUUUCGUGACUUGUGAGGGUGCCAUCCGAGCACCGGUUGCAAUUCUUCCGGGUGAGGGGGAUGUGGUGACCAGCCCCCCUCUCUGGUCCCCUCGUGACGUGCCUGCUUUCAGUGUGCUCUCCAAGGGACACCCAAAGCUGGGUGUUACGACGGCAUCUUUCCGAGGCUCACCCAUGACCUCCACGUGGCAGCUUCACGCUAAUGCACUGCCUCACUUAGCGGAGGUCCGCGAUGACAGCCCUCAGUCGCCCGCCUUUCCCAAUGGUGAAGAACAAGAAAAAGGCAAGUCAACACAGGCAAGCCCUAUCUCCCUUUUACCGCGAUCUGAUUGGACAGAAAAAUCAAGCAAGGGCCACGUUGAAGAGUUUGGUUUCCGCGACACUUCACUAGAAAAAUCCUCCUUCCAUUUGACCGUCCACGUGAAAAUCCGAGUUGACUUUGACGGAGCUCCCCGGCGUGCGAGGGGGCACACCGCGCGCCCGCCGACCCGCCCGGCGUCGAAGGGGGAGUCGACAGUCCGACUGGGUCGGUGGGGCACCGCGAAGCGGCACAACCGACACCCUACCCACUUACGGACAACGCACAGAUGA